AUGUGCACCCGGGGAGCAGCCUGCAAGUACUCCCACUCUGUCGACCACAUCAUUGCAGUGAACUCCGAGGAGAAGGGCAUCUGCUUCGACUUCCUCAAGGGCCUGUGCAACCGAGGCCUCAUGUGCCGGUUUUCCCAUGACCUCACCAACCUGCAGGCACCCCAGGAAUCGGGGAACGGCCGGCGCCGCUUCGCCCCCAUCUGCUACGACUUCGUCAAGAACCAGUGCACGCGGGGGGAUGCCUGCCGCUACUCCCACGACUACGCCUCCAUCCUGUACGGGCCCAGGGGUGCCGGCAAGCAACUCAACGUGCUUUGCGUCGACUACACCCGGGGCCGAUGCCUACGUGGCGAUGCUUGCCGAUACCUGCACCCCGCCCCCGCGGCGUAUGGCGGGCCUGCUUCGCUGGAGGCCGUGCCCGCGGUGCCGGCGCCCGGCUUUGACCCCGGGUACGACCUGGUCAUGGCCCAGCUCCAGGGCCUGAGCCUGGCCGGCCAGGAGGCGGCGCCGAGCGGGCGGCACCCACAGGCGGGGCUGUACGAGGCCGCGGUCCUGCAGAGCAUGCUGCUGCAGCAGCGGUUUGGGGCGGCGGGGCCCGAGGCGAGGAGCGGCGGCUUCCAGGGAACGGCGCACGCCGCGCCUGGCGCGGCGGCCUUUGCUCAGGGGGGCCCCGGCGCGUCGCUGCCCUCGGGCUUCCUCUCCUCCACCUCGCGGGGGGGUUACACGGCACCGCAGGCGCACCGCAUCAAGCAGCUGCCGCGCGCCAUGGAGCAGCUGCUGGCGGGGGAGGCGGGGGAGGACCUGUCUCCCACCAUCCCCGCGGGCUGGUACGACCCCACGCCCGAGCAGCGCGCCGGUGCGAGCCCCGCGCCGGAGCCCGCCGCGCCCGACCUGGCGCCCAUCUUCACCCGCGCGGCGGAAGACGGGGCCGCACGCAGCGGGGGGGCCACGCCCGUGGACGGCGCGCGCAGCACGACGCAGCGCGGCGGAUCGGGCGACGACCGCGCGGGCCUGGAGCUGCUGCAGUCCAUCUGGGCCAUCCACGGCGCCUAG